AUGAUGCACUUAGUGGAUGAGGGAGAGGCUGUGGAUGUUGUCUACCUGGAGUUUAAUAAAGCCUUUGACACCAUUUCCCACAGCAUCCUCCUGGAGAAACUGGCUGGUCAUGGUUUGGAUAGGCGUGCUCUUCAUUGGAUAAAAAACCGGCUGUGUGGACAGGCCCAAAGAGUUGUGGUGAAUGGACUUAAAUCCAAUGGCUACCCUAAAGAGGAAAUGAUUUACAGAUGGAGGAAAAACUCAGUGGAGGCUGCUGACCAGAAGUCUUGGAGACUCUAUCAGUUUGAUUUUAUGGGACUGAGAAAUACUUCAGAAAUUGUGAAAACUUCUGCAGGUGAUUAUGUAGUCAUGACUAUAUACUUCGACUUAAGUAGAAGAAUGGGAUACUUCACUAUUCAAACAUACAUUCCCUGCAUAUUAACAGUUGUUCUUUCCUGGGUAUCCUUUUGGAUUAAAAAAGAUGCCACACCAGCAAGAACAGCAUUAGGCAUCACUACAGUAUUGACCAUGACAACUUUGAGUACCAUUGCAAGAAAGUCAUUACCCCGUGUCUCCUAUGUCACCGCUAUGGAUUUGUUUGUGACUGUAUGCUUUCUAUUUGUCUUUGCUGCUCUGAUGGAGUAUGCAACCCUCAACUACUACUCAAGUUGCAGGAAACCAAACUGUACUAAGAAGAAAAAGUCGCUACCUGAUGUCAGUUUUGGUCAUGUGAUGAAUUAUUCUGUACUUGAUAUGAGACCACCAACUACAGUCAUCACGUUGAACAAUACCAUGUAUUGGCAAGAAUUUGAAGAUGCGUGUGUCUAUGAAUGUUUGGAUGGGAAAGACUGCCAGAGCUUUUUCUGUUGUUAUGAAGAGUGCAAAUCAGGCUCAUGGAGGAGAGGACGGAUUCACAUAGACAUUUUAGAACUGGACUCUUACUCUAGGGUCUUUUUUCCUACAUCCUUCCUGCUGUUUAACCUGGUCUACUGGGUUGGAUACCUCUAUCUUUAAAUGUUGCCUGUAGUGGUGAAGACUGCUGUGUUUUCACAGUGCAGAGGGAUGGUGAAAGUGCAGAAAAAGUGAAAGACACGGUCAGUUUCAUCUCAAAUUAUAAAGGCCAUAUUAACCUUCACCAUCACAGAGCCUGAUGAAGAAUUUUAAUAUGUAAUUGCCUGAAAAAGAAAAACAUGGAAGAAUUCUCUCCUUACUGCUAUUUAUUUUAAGGAAAAGAUUCUUACAAAGUUCAGCUGAAUUUGUAGUGUAAGCGAUGUUUAUGAAUAAUUAUUGCAUAUUAGAAUCUUUACUAUUCUCCCUUGGCAUAGAAGCUAUACACAAUUCAGGCAAAAGUUUAAUAUGUCAUUUAUGUCCCUCAUUCCCGUACUUUCUUCAAAAUGCUGCCGUAUCCCUGAGGCUCAGAGCAACAUACACUGGCCCUGGCAAAUAGGCCAAAACCAGUGAAACCACUUAUUUGUAUUUAAACUUGCUUGAGCUGUCCCCCAUAGGUUUUGGGAAAUAUUUAAUUGGUGAUCUUCUUGCUAUAGAGAAACCACCAAAAGACAAUAAGAAAUGUCUCUGGUGGGAUCAAAACAUGGACGUUACUUUCUGCAAAGGUCUGGGAUUCAUGGAAUUAGCCACUUACUUACCUACACGUGUUGGUUUUGACUUAAGGUGAAAAGGUAGAGUUAUAAGAAAGCUGUUAUUUUGAUAUAAACAAAAGACUUGCCUAUCGCUGAGGCAGCUGUAGGUAUAACUUCUACAGGUUUUUCAAGCUUUUAUCUGUCUUUUUUAUGACUGGUUAAACACAGGAUGGUCAUUGAUUUCUAAAGUACUCGAAGCAGGACAAGAUUCCUGCUUGUUUGUGUCAUUGUAGCAGAUCAUAGUUGAUAGGCCAUGAGUAAAAAUCACUAUAUAAUAGCACUAGGAAUAUGUGACUUUCUUCAGAUUACAAUUUACUAAAAAGUGCUCUCAUGCAUUCUUAUUUUUUUCUUUCAAAGUUCUUCUACAAAACUGAAAAACAUGUGUGCCAAAGGACUUUUUUUGUUCCUUCCAUAAAGUUAAAUAUUGUGGUCCUUACUCACGGCAGUUGUUCCCUGGGGCUGAGCUGAAGACGGAACACUUUUGACGUGAAUAGUGCAUUACAGGAACUCAAUUGUCACACUUGGAUUAAACAUGGGAGAGUUGCCACAUAUAGAAAAAGGUUAUUUUCAUUUUGUUCCUAAACUACCAACUAUAUUUUACUUUAAAAAGCUACUUCAUAUUUUUCAAGCUUUUGACCAUUAAAUUCUUAAACUACCCAUUUUUUCAAAAAUUAGUUUUACAGUGUUAAACUAGAUUAGUCCUUUUAUAGACUGUCUCAAUAAUUGUUAUUAAGCAAACAAAACAGAUUCAAAACUAAAUAACAAUGGCUUUUCACUACCCUUUGGAUAACAAAUGGUUACAAAUGAUUAAAGCUAAAAUAUACCUAAAACCAAAAUUCUAAUUUUUUUCUCCUCUGGAGGACCUGAUAACUUCAUCAUCUCAAAAAACGUGUGCCUCUUCUACACAGUAUUUGAUAAAAAAUGAGUAGUAGGUGUGAUUGCAGAGCAGUUCCUUUUCUCCUCAGAAGUAAAAUCCUGCAAACAAGCAAAAGCUAAUGCAAUGGUAAUUCUAAAGGAAAAGAAAUGCUGUCAUGUUCUUUGAAACAUCACUGCCUGUCAUUGCUGUUUCUCUGUGCUUCCAGUGAGUUUUCAACUGAAACAAUUUACUAACACAAAAGUUAACUGUGGUUAUUCAAAAUAGUUUCUUCUGUUUUUCACUUGUCUAAAAUAUCAGAAACAGAGCUGGGUUUAGGUGGGGGAGGGGAAUCACUUCACUAAGGACUGACGACAUUCAAAUUAGAAACACAGAGAAGAAAUACUUUGGGGCAAGAUCAAAACGUUAUUUUUAGAAAAAUCUGCCCAAUCUGAUGUUUUCUAAACCAAUGAUAACCUGCUGAUUUCAAAAUACGUGUUGAAGUUUUUGCUACUCUCAGUAGCAAAUUUCUCUGUAAAAUCUAUUACUCUGCAAAUCUGUGUCCUGCACUUGGAAGUACGGAUUUUAUUUAAGGAUGAGAGUUAUAUUUGCAAUAGUGCAAGAAUUCAAGUUGAAUAUUCUGGUCUCUAUUUAUGGAUUAGUCUACUGUAACAGCCACCUUCAGCCAUAUUUUGCAAGAACACUAUGAAUAUUUCAAGCCUAAAUAAAAGAAUGGGAGCACUUGUCCUUUUAGGGGCCUGAUCCUGCAAACCCUCUGCACAAUCAAUUGAUUUUGGUGGGAUUAUUGAGGCAGAUGAGGCACAAGAAGAUACCUUCCACCAUUAGAUCUUGAACAGGUAAAGUGAGGUUUGUUUAACAAUUCCAUACUUGAAUGAAUGUCCUGGGAGUAAGUGUGGAAGUGAAACAUUCUCAUUUUUAGAUGAUGAGCGUAUGCUUUUCUUACACUUCUGCUCAUGGCUACCCAUUCCUGCUAAAAGCACACAGUUCCAUCGGGUCCUUACUUGGAAGACCGAUUCUGCUAAGUCCAUUCAUAUUGCCUCUGUUUUCUGAGUGCUUUCGUAAACAGAAGUUGGAAGCAUACAAUUCCACUUUUUUCCACAGUCCUAACCAAGAAAGAAUCUCCAGACACUGCUGGCUUUCGCUCUUAUACUGACAGCAGAGGACAUAUUCUACUAUGUAAUAUGUUCUACUCUGGCAUUUUGUGCAAAAAAUUGAUUUCAUGUAAGGUGAGCAGCCCAGGCUGGCAGGUUCUGUUCCAGAACUCAUUCCUCUGCUCAUUUCUCAUUGCUUGGUUUGCUCUCUCUGCUUCACUGCUCUGUGCUUUGGCAGCCACUGAAAAACUGUAGAGAUCAGGGAAGAUAAGAUUUCUAGGCUCUGCAUCAGUCAAAAUACGAUUAUUCUAGACACCUAGGAAAUGUGGUCUCUAUAUAUCUAUGUGCCAUAUCCUUCUGUAGGAGUAAGAAUAUUCUCAUUAACCUCCAGAUAUUCUUCUGCUUCUUUUGCAAAUUGAAAAAAACAACACUUCUGCGCACUGUCCCAUGAGAAAUGUAAGCAUAUUAGAUUUCAGCAUUUUAGAACAGACUUUGGCAUUUAGAUUUUAGCAACUUUUAGCAUUUUACAACAUUUUCUUAUCAGGUAAUUUCACAUUAAAGACUUGCAUUUAUUCAACUACAUUUUUAUUAUUUAAUACUUCUAUUUACCCUUCCAAGGAAGAGAAGGGAAUGGAGGUAGGCAAAAACAAAUGACUAGUGAAAUUAAUGCGUUUGGAUAUGUAUGUAAAACCACAAAAUCAAGUCUCUUCACAUUACAUUCCUUACUUUUUGAAGUUACAGAAAAGACUGUAAGGGUUUAUUUAGAUAACCAACUUUCCCCAGGAAGAUCUAAAGUCAAACCUCUUAUUCUCCCCUUCAAUUAAAAGUUGAUGGAGAGUGUUUGCCUGCAUUGAGGGCAGCAUUUUCAAGGCAAUUAAGAAUGUAUAAGAAUACUGUUCUGCUUAAUUCCGUCUUCUCAAUUCUUCUGGCCCUGAUGCCUACCACACUGACAGCUCCUUCUUUUACAGCCAUUCUUCCAAGAGUAAGUGUACAAAAAGUUGCAGCCAAUUUAUGCUGGCUCCUUGUCCAGCAGUAAUGUGGAACUGAAGUAUGCUACAUGCCACACAAUUUUAAUAUAACUUUCAAAUCAAGACGUAUGGCUGUAGAUUCAGACACUCGGGCACUUUGAUAACCUUUCUUAUUUCAGAUGCUCAUUUUCUCCUUCAUCAAUUCUCAACUGUAUAUUCAUAUAUUGUACAUACUAAUAAAAAUGGUACUGCCUUCUCAGAGACAGCAAUGAGUAGUGAAGCUAAAAGAGAAGGAAGAAAUUAUUUUUUUAUUGCUGUGCAGUUCCUAUCUGUCCCACUCCUCUUAUUCAGUUCUUCCCACCAACUACCCACAGCUAAUUCCAAAGCACCCGCCUGGCAGUUUGCACAUUCAUCAGCUGUGGAACAGCAGUGACACAUGAGCCUUUAGCUGAUAGGAAAUGAUAUUUCUGGAACUGGAGGCAUCUUGCCAAAUAACUCAGACAGCUAUCUCAAACACUUUUGCAGCCCUAACAUGUCUCAGAGUCUAGACCCUCAUAUUGCUGCAUGAAUUUAUCACAACUCACCUUACUUGGUCAUUUCAUGAAGGGAAGGAUGCUUACCUCUUUUUUACACCAAAUUUAGCAUACAUCUAGAAAAAUUACUCUGCCCUGCCCAUGCUCCAAGCGACCAGGUGCAAGACAGCUCUGGAAAGACCAUUGUUGCUGUACUGCUGACUUUGUGGGAAGGGAGACUCAGUAUUUGGAGACAGAUUUCUUUAGCCUCACAAUCUGGACAGUUGGUGUUACCUUCUAAGCUGUAAAACAAAGCGCCCACUGCAGACUGUAAAGGCUGGCCAUAACAGGCUGCUUUUCCCAUUGGCUGCUCUUUCUGGAUUUCCAUAAAGCACUAACAGGAGGCAAACCACAUCCCAUAACCUUAAGCUGCCUACAGAAUUAGGUUUCUUUUUUAAAGGUAUAUUCUUCUUGCUUACAGUGAAAUCUCUGUCUCUCUUACAUUAGUGCCUUUAGCAUUUAUUGAUAUUGAAGGAUAUGCUAUUCCUGGCCUGAGAGGUAGAAGGAGGGACGACGAUCUUGCUGGAGUUCCUCCAGAGCACCACUGUGUGUGAUCAAUAUUCUAGAUGUCUUCGAAGCACCACAGUGUGUAAUCAAUAUUCUAGGUGUCUUCAACCUACACAUUGAGCAUUUGUCAGAGUUUUCUUUAUAUUCUAGGCAGGCUGUAGGUUUCUUAAUUCCUAAGUGGCAAGAAAACUGCAGUGGAAUUUCAGCAGUUUAGCACAAUCCUUCUUUCUUCACUUAGCAACUUCAUUCCAAGAGAUGCAGAGCAUAAAUUCAAGGCUGAUGUUUACCUCUUCCAGGUGACUUCCCAGAAGACUGUUCAAAAUAGGCAAAACCCAAACUAUGCAUUGGGACUGCAUUUCCCCAGCUGAAAGGUGAGGUGCUUCCUCCUUGAGAGCUUUUUUUUCUACCCCGAGUUCAUUUUAGAUGCUCCCUCCAUCCCUCCCUUGACCUAUACAAUUGGCAAGCACAAAACCAGCUCAACUUAUGCUUACCUACUGAAAACUUGCAUUGAAACUUACAUACUGAAAAAAAAAGCGUAGUGUCAUUAGUCUUAUACUAUAUUUGUAUGUCUACAAGCUUCUUAUGGUUCACCACGUUCUCUUUUUGAAAGGUUCUAGUAUAUAUGCAAAAAAUGAACACCUGCCUUCAAGACUCAGUGGCCUUAAUAGUUUUACCUUUUCCCCUGGGAUCCAUGGUUUGUCUGGAAAACAAAAAUUCAGAGAAUCUACUUUCCUCAUCAUUUAGGCCACUGUUUUAGAUACUAAAAAACCCCCUAUGUUUUAUAUCUAAGGUGAAAUGAUGUUUUAACAGAAAAAAAAAUUCAUCUCUGCUUGAACUGCAUUGCUUUGACAAGUUAAACAAUAAAUUUUAGUACACUGUACCUGUGGUGGAUAACUCAAGGAGAUAUGCUACCCUAUAACCCUGUCGAGGACUAAGUCCUGAAUUAGAGAUAAAUAUUGUUUGACUCAUCCAAUUUACUUAGCAGCUGUUUCUUUAAAUGACUUUGGGCUGUGACUGACUUCGAGCACUUGGUUAGUGGCCACUGACAUUCCUCAAGGGAGAUACCGAAGAUCUAUGAUGAUAUAUUACUUUCUACAAACUUUACUUUCUUUUAUUUUUUCUCUUUUUUGGUGGAUCCUCAAGCCAGUGCCUGUAUGCAUCUGGACUCCUCAAGGGUUUUCCUAUAAUGUAUGUGAAAUUAGACAAUAAAAUUCAUCAUGAAGUUCAGUACCUCAGAGCUGGACACCUGAGAAUUCUCUUCUUUCUAUCAAAACAUGCAUUUUUAUCUUCUAAUCAUUUGCUAUUUAUGAAGGACAAAGUAAGACAGCAGAAGACAUGUGGUUAUGUUUAUUCAUAUGUCUGGGGGUAGGCUUUCUCAAGGACUGAACGAGGCAAACUGACCAGGCACUGACCUGGCACAGUUAUUUGCCAGGUUUUCUUUUAUCUAGGUAAUGAAUGGCACUAGCCAGAGAAGCCACCGCAGCCGGUUUGGUGUCAUGGAAGCACAUAACUCAGCUUUACUCGGAGGCCUACGCCACCCUGGAGAGCUUCUUAUAGGGGAAUCCAGGUGCUCCCCUUAGUGUUUAAUACAGCACUUAAUACUCUCCUAAUGUCUUUUUACCUUCUUGCAGCCUAUGGCAGUGCUUGGGAGAGAUGAAGCUGUACUGAUACAAUAUAUUAUAAACCACAACAAAUGAAAUAUUCACAGUGAAGCUGGUGACAGCUUGUUGUUGAGACUGUUAUGAUAGCAAGAUUUAAAGAAAAGGUCUCUAGGUCUGAGUCAAAAGCUUCCUCAUCAGUCAACACCACUGACCAGAAGAGUGGCCAGGAAGAGAUUUGGAUCAUAUUCUGGUGGGGUUGACUAUCCACUGACUAGCUUCAAGGCUUGUGGAGAGCAGAUACGUAACUUGAGUACUUAAAGUGAGAUUUGUGAUCUACGUACUUAUAGUGAGAUUUGUGAUUUGCGUACUUAAAGUGAGGCCUAAAACAGGUAAAUGCCAAAAUCUCUAAGUUGCACAUUAAUAGAAAAUAGAUGCAGAAAACAAUACUGAUGACAUAUUUUUUAAAAAACCUGCUGAUGAAUGUGAAACACAGCAUGCUACAGAGUCCAUUCCAUAGUUACAGACCACAUGGGAUCCUUAAAACAUGAGCUGCUGUUGAACUUUUGGAAAGCUGGAAAAAUAAUUCUAUCUGACAGUAUUACCCAGGCAAACCACUGCCUGGGUUUUUUGUGUGCCAUUGCUAGAGAGAGUGCUCCAAGGGAAACAAAAUUUCAGAAUAAGCUUCUACAAAAGAGUGCUCCUCUGAACAACAGUGGGAAACCUUGUGCAGAGAGAUUACAGCAUCAGCCCCCCAUAUUCUCUUUUGUAGUCAUUGAGGAGUUCCGUGACUUUAUUGUCACCCAUGGUCACAUUCAAUACCAGCCAUAAAUCAUGGGCCAACAUGUGGCUGUCACAAGUAGGAACAUUAGGCUGGAGGGAAUCUGAAGCCUGUCUUUGGGUAUCACAGGCAGUCAUCAAACACCUCAUCUAACCCUGUUUUAAACUCUUGAUAUACUGCUCUGAAAACAUUUUUCCCAACAUGACAACAUAUGGAUUUUUUUUUCAAGUGAGUGCAAUUUUAAGAAUUACAUAAAAACUGCCAACUAUGUGCCAAAUUGAACUUUCUUAUAGAACACAGAUAAAAUUUUAGUUUUCUAAUUGUCAUUCCUUCCUAAGUUUUUUUUAGGGGUGUGUGAUUUCUUUGCUAGCAGUGCAGCUUGUGAUGUCAUAGUGAAAUGAAAGUACAAUUAUGUGCCCAAUGUGCCUUGAAUAAUACAGGUAGCACUAGUACCGGUAUGUCAUUCUAAGUUAGAUAGCCAUCCUAGUGAUUCCCCAGACUGACCUAACCAGAAAAGUCAAACACCCGUGUGCUUCAUCUCCUCAAGUUCUCAGAUUAUGGCAUUCCCUUAUUGACUACAUCCAUUCCACUUUACUUUGUGUUAAGGAGUAGGGCUGUGCGUCUAGAAUACUAUUUAUAUUCGUAUUUUGAUCCCAACAUUUGUAUUUCUGGAUACAAAUAAAUA